AUACAUACCUGCGUCUGGCCGGAGAGCGAUAUCCCACUACUACGCCACUUCCGUUAACUCGCUGCUGAGCAAAAUGGACGCCUUUGUGUCUGUUUUCUUCGCAUUCCCAGUAUAAAUACCGAUUACGGGAGGACGCGGCGGCUGCGAGGCGGCGAUGUUUGCGCGACGCUGCGUCGAACGCGAGUGAGGCGAGUGUCGUGUAGCGGAGUCCUGGCCAGGAGUCGCCGUGCGCGACGUGAAAACGCGUCCAACCAAGUAGGCCAACCAACGUAAGUGGUAGCCCCCGCGGAUGACAAUUGAACGAAGCAUCGCCCGGACGACGACGGUGUUCCCGCGGCGGGUGAGUCUCUCGACCGGGCGGAUUGGUUGCUCCGAAGCGUCACGAGGUGCCCGAGGAACCCGCCGGCUGCCCUGAGCGACGCGAAACGGCGCCCGGCCUCCCGCCAAAACCCGCCAGGCCGCGAAGAGGAGCGAAGAGAUCGGCCGACGUAAAUAGUGACUCCGGGUGACACCUCCGAGCUGUCACUUCGCGCCGCCUCUUGAUCAUCCUAGCGAGCGAGCGCAACCCGGCGAGUAUUCGCCCCAGGAUUCACCGGAGUCGGAGUUCCUCGUCGACGGGAGGAUUCUCUCUAGCUGCGUUUUCCCCCUCCCUCACCUCCCCCUCUGUAGCUGCUGUGUGUUGUUACAUCUGCUCUCCCGGUCGCUUGGUGGAUAUAUGGUGACGCGCGACGUAUGAUGUUGGAUAGUCGACGUUCUCCUGGAGAAGGACAAAGUACUGAAAAACAUGGACCGUUUGUUGGAGGAUCCACGUGCUUCAUCAAAAUUUGGUUGAGACUUUUAUUCGCAACAUGGGAACUUAAACAAGAUUCUGAUAAGUUCCCGAUAUUUGCCUUAGUGUUCUUCAAAGAGGAUUAAAGACUCUCUUCAACGUGAACUAUUUGUGUUAGUAUUUUGAAAUGCAUAGUGAGAAAUAUGUAACGAUGGUUUCUUUAGACAUUUGUGGGGACAGUGCAUUUAAACAUAUUUCAUUGACUUAUAUUUAUUGUAUAUCGUAAACAAGUACUCGUAGUAUGCUUGUGUCGUGCUCAGCAUAUUGUAUUGUCCCACGAACUUUGCGCAGUUUAAGAAUGCUAGAAUUGAUUUUGAUUCUUUUUCUUUUGUCUAGGCUGUAAUGCCCGAACGAAUCAAACUCAAAAUGAAUGGGGUUGUACCAAGUGUGCCAAUAACUACCCUCGCUGGUAUUGCGAGUCUCACUGACUUGUUACCUGAAAUGCCCCUACCGACUCCGCUGCCACAGACUUUGACUAAUAAGUCGUUGCUGUUUCAUCCACGAGUGGCAGAGGAAGCGCAUUUAUUGCUAAGCGUUCGCGAUGAGAAUCUUGUACCGCAGUUAAUAAUGUCUCUGUCACAGACUUCGUCGGAUCACAUUGAACUUAAGGAUAAUUAUGCAAACACUGAACAGUCGUUAGAAAAUGAGCAAAACACUCCUGAACUACUCAAGGCAAUCUUGCAGAUAAAUCCUCACGUAUUCAGAGGACCUCAACACAAUUCUCCGAGAAAUUGGGCGCAGGGCGCGCCUGUAUUGCACGCGAAUCAAUCGCCGGCAAGUUAUGGUCGUUUCUCGCCGUCCUAUUCGAGCUCAUCAGGCUCCAGACAAACGCCCCAAGGUAGUCCGGCUCAUCCUGCGGCGGCCAGAUCUGUACUUCCGCCGCCGGUGGCCAGCGGUAUCGCUCACGCGCAACAUCCACGAAUGCCGAUCACCCCGCAGAAUCAUGCGGACAUCUCGCAGAUGUCUCCCUUUGCUGUGCCUUCCCCAUCGCCCAGAGGUAACGUUAUGACCGAACAAACGAGAACGUUAACUACGCCCCAGCAUAUGCAAGAGGACACGAAUUGUAUAAAUCCUUUAUCGAAUGUAGCUCUUCAACCGAACAUGUACUCGCCGGCUCACAUGAGCUCACCCAAUGCACCGCUGUCUCUCGGUAAUGUGACGCCUCAGCAUCACAACAUGGCUGGUAUGACGCCGCAGCAUAACAUGCACAUAGCAUCUCCCAUGCGCACCAAUAUGCCUCUACAACAGCAACAUCCAGCAAUGAGUAUGCAACAAAACCUUUACGAUCCUAUGAUGAAUCAGCAAGUUCAUCAUGCUUUAGGUAGCGGUCAAUCGUUGGACAUCGAUAGUGCGGUACAGGAUAAUCAACAAUUUCUUCUCGAUCCAACGAGCGCUCUUCCCGAUAUUGAUUUACCGAUUGAGAACAUUGAGGUGAAGCAAGGCAUUGAACAUGCAGUGCAACAUUUAUUACCGACUCCACAGACCACAUCUUACCCGAAUGUACACGCCACCGAUAUGAUUAAUGCUUUGAAUCCGGCCACGACUAAUGUUGCGCCCAAUGUGCAACAUCAACAGAAUAAUAAUUCGGAAAAGAAGCUUACUGGACCGUUGACGGAAAAGUUGAAGGAGCCUAUUGUCAUGUUAAAUAGAUUAACGCUUGCAGAUCAAGCACUCAUGCAGAAGAGUUUGGCGGCGUUCGCGGAAAAAUCGCCGAGUCGCGCGGCGAAGAUGGGCAUCUCUAAUCGCGACGACAUGUCGAAGACUGAUUCCGAGAGCGAAGAGGAGAUCGGCAAGAACAAUAAGCACUUCAAAGCUCGUGCGAAAGAGCGGCAGGUGCAACGAGAGAAGGAGAAAGCGGAACGACGGAGGAGCGAGGACAAAAAUCGUAGGCGGAAAAGGAUAACGGACGACGAUGAGGAGGACGAUAAACGAGAUGCGCCGUAUACGCCGACGAAACCAAAAAUACGCAAGAUCGAGAAGAAGCUAGUGCCUGUAUUAGCCAAAUUGAGCGUGGAGGAGUUGAUGGAGACCAAUACUUAUCAACGAUUUAAUUCUACCAUAGAGAUGAUUUUCGAGAACACGGAAGACGUUACAGCAAACGCCGAUUUUGAAGAAGACGGUGAUGUACCUCCUGAGAUACUUAUUCCUAAGUAUCAGUUGCACGAUCUCUGUACGGAAGCAGCCAAACUUAAAACGCUGGGUGCUAUGGAGUCGAUACCCACGGACAGACUAGUAAGGCUAUUGAAUAUCCUGGAAAAGAAUAUACGAGACGGUGCGAGGGUAUCGCCACUCGUAGACCCAGACGACGAUGUUGAAGAAGGACGAUUAUGGGUGCAAUUGGCAAUGGAACGAGUGCAACGCGCCGUAGAUGCUUCGUUGAUUGCGUUGCAUAUUAUGACCUCCAGCAAUAUGCCGAAGACAGUCUAUUUGGAGGACGUCAUUGACCGAAUAGUUCUUUUUAUGAAGUUUCAACUGCAGAACACAAUUUAUCCCUCAUUCGAUCCGGUCUAUAAGGUAGAUACAAAGAACAAGACUGACAAUUUUAAUUCUAGCGGACGCAAGAAGCGGGGUCACAUGAAGGAGGUGCGCGAGAAAAGUAUUCUGCAGGUUUACAACAAGAUGCACGAAUUGGUAGGUCUGUUGGCUGAAUUGUUGAAUAUACAGGUUUUAACAGACACGAGCGUUCUUCACGCAUCGACCUUAGGAGUCGCGCCGUUUUUCGUCGAAUCAGUGAGCGAUCUUCAAUUGAGCGCGUUGAAACUCGUCACUGUAAUAUUCACCAAGUAUGAGAAACACAGAAGACUAUUGUUGGACGAUAUCCUGGCAUCUAUAGCGAGACUACCUAGUAGCAAAAGGAGUUUGCGCACGUACAGACUCAAUUCCGAGGAUCAUAUACAGAUGUUGACGGCGCUAGUCUUGCAGCUCAUCCAAUGUGUAGUGGUUUUGUCGGACUCGAAGAAGGAGGAGGACGAGAAGAAGCCCAAUCACGUCGAUUCUGAAGUCUUCAUUAUCAAUAGAUACGAGACUGCCACCAGAAUAGCCGGCAAUUUUUUAACGGUGUUCCUCAACAAAUGCGGUAGUAAGGGCGAAGAAAUUGAUUACAGACCGCUAUUUGAAAAUUUCGUGCAAGACUUGUUGGCGACGGUGAAUAAACCCGAGUGGCCCGCAGCCGAGUUGUUACUCAGUCUUCUUGGAAAUCUGUUAGUAGGACAUUUUUCUAAUAAGAGCUCCGACAUGUCGCUUCGAGUAGCUUCCAUCGAUUAUCUCGGUGUAGUAGCGGCCAGAUUACGCAAGGAUGCAGUCAGUUCGCAUUGCAAGCUAUCGACUAUCGAUCAGAUCAUACGAGACAUCAAACUCGAACAGCAAAAGGACUCGGAUUAUGACCAAAUAAAGGAUAAGGAGAUUCCAGGAUUAAGCGAAGACGAGGAAAGGAUGGUGUUUCUACAGAAGGUACUUUUAGAUUAUUUGGCGGUCAACGGGACGAAGGAUUCGGCCCUUGGAUACGCGCGUCACUUUUAUCUGGCUCAAUGGUAUCGGGACUGCGCGCUGGAAAAAUCACGGGUAGGCCAGUCGAAGAACAGCCCGAGUAAGAAAAUACACAAGAAACGCGCCAAGAAGAAAAACCGGCAUCACAGCAGCGACCAGGACACCGAGUCCGAAUUGGACGAGCAAGACCCGGACGAAAACGACAAUAAUGAGCAGAAAAAUUCGGAGGCUUACCGAAUUAUCGAGGAAAAGAAGAAGUAUAUUAUCAGUAGAAUAAGGCUAUGCAGCACAGGAACGAAACCUGACAUCCUGCAGACAUACAUCGAUUAUAAUUCCGCGGAACUGAUCUCACAGUAUCUCGCAUCCAAGAGACCAUUCUCGCAGAGCUUUGAUAAAUACCUCAAGCAGAUCCUUCACGUAUUGACGGAAUCGUCCAUUGCUAUUAGAACAAAGGCGAUGAAAUGCCUCACGAUGAUCGUCGAGGCUGAUCCAAGCGUGUUGGCGAGGGUGGAUAUGCAGCUGGGCGUGAAGCAUUCCUUCCUCGAUCACUCCACAUCCGUGCGAGAGGCAGCGGUGGACUUGGUAGGAAAAUUUGUAUUGAGUAGACCUGAAUUGAUUGACAAAUACUACGAUAUGCUAUCGGCUAGAAUCCUUGACACCGGAGUGAGCGUGCGGAAACGCGUUAUUAAGAUUCUCAAGGAUAUUUGUAUGGAAUGCCCGAAUUUCCCUAAAAUUCCGGAGAUCUGCGUGAAAAUGAUAAGGAGAGUGAACGACGAAGAGGGCAUCCGGAAGCUCGUUAUGGAGGUUUUUCAAAAUAUGUGGUUUACUCCAGUGAAAGAGCGUCCCACCCUUGACACAGAAUCAUUGCUGCGAAAGGUGAUGAAUAUCACGGACGUCGUAGCAGCCAGCAAAGACAUGGGACUGGAAUGGUUUGAGCAGCUUUUGGUAAGUCUGUUUAAGCCGAAGGAGGACAAGGAUGACAGUACGAAGAUACAGGCAGACCCGCCACGGACAUUGCUGACGGCGUGCAAGCAAAUUGUGGAUUGCCUAAUCGAGAACGUGUUGCGGUUGGAGGAAACAAAUCUGGGAGACUCGGAAAAAUCGGGCAAGAAGGGCUCGUCGCAGAGAUUGGUCGCGUGUCUGACAACGAUUUAUCUAUUCGCAAAGAUUCGGCCGCGGCUUCUGGUCAAUCAUGCAAUCACCCUACAGCCUUACUUGAGUCUGAAGUGUCAGACGCAAGGUGACUAUCAGAUUAUAAGUAGCGUCGCGCAUACUCUUGAACUGGUGGUGCCUCUGAUGGAACAUCCUAGUGAGACCUUUUUAGCGCAGCUAGAAGAGGACUCGGUGAAACUGAUUUUGCAACACGACAGAUCGGUAGUCGCAAGCUGUUUGUCGUGUUUGGGAUCCAUAGUCAAUAACGUCACGCGGAACUUUAAACUGAUACGAGAUUGCUUCAAGAAAUACUACGGACACUUAACGGAGUACAAAUCAUUCUACGAGAAGGAUCCAACCAAUCCCAUGCUGUUAAAAUACAGGCCAUUUUUCCGACGAGCGCUUUUCACAGUCGGUUUAUUGUUACGUCAUUUUAAUUUCACAGAUGCAGAGGUGAUAGAAGGUCUCGCGGACAAUAUUAAGGAUCAGGUUUUCGAGACACUCAACUAUUUCGUUCAUCUAGAGAACGACGACAUCCGGCAUUUCACUUUGUCGGCCAUCGGGUCUCUCUGUAUACGGCAUUACGAGUUUAUGAUGCUGCCCGAGCUGAAGGAGCUUUAUCAUCAUUUACUCACAUCGGAACACGCGUUGGUCCAUAUGAGAAUCCAGGUGCUCAACAACAUUGAAGUGUACCUGCAGGAGGAAGAAAAGAGAAUGAUCAAGCAAGAUCUCGAAUGGGCGAAAAUGUCGAAGCAGGAGAAUCUAAAAGAGAUGGGUGACGUAUCGUCGGGUAUGGCGAGCACCGUGAUUCAGCUCUACAUCAAGGAAAUUCUCGAGUCUUUUCUACACAUUAAUAUAAGUGUACGACACGCGGCUCUCAAAGUUAUUCAACUGAUUUUAGCGCAGGGUUUGGUGCAUCCCGUCCAGAUAGUGCCCUAUCUGAUAUGCAUGAGCACUGAUAGCGAGAAGGCGGUGAGUCACAGCGCGGACAAGUGGCUGCAGGACAUCGAAAAGAAGUAUCCGGGUUUCCUUCAUAUGAAGUCGCAGUUUGGCAUCGGGCUGAGCUACCGAUUGCAGAAGAUUUUGCAGAACGACAUCACGGUCAGGGGUAUGCGGGUGAAGGACGGCGAAUUCCCGGGCGCGCUCAACGGUUUUCUCUACACGAUCCUGCGCAGCACGAAACAGCAAAGGCGGGCGUUCGUGCUGUCCUUCCUCAAGCGCUUCGACGAGAAUGCCAAGACCAGUCUGUCGCAGAUGCUGUACCUGGCGGAUAAUCUCGCCUACUUUACAUAUCAAGUGCAAGACGAGCCGCUCUUCAUCAUCCAUCACAUCGAUAUCAUCAUCUCCAUGUCUGGGACGAACGUGUUGCAAUCUUUCAAGGAGGCUCUGCUGCCCAAGGAGGGCAGCGUGCAAUCGCAGUGCGGGCAGUCCGAGCUGACGUCGGGACAGAUGCCUGGGCAGACGGUGCCGAUGAUGCCACCGGUACAGACGACGACGACCGGGCCGGACGGUCAACCAACUCAGAUGUUGUCAGUUUUAGAAGACGAAGAGGACGAUGAGGAGGACGAAGAAGCUAUUUUGGUUAGAUUACCAAAUGACACCACCUUGCUCAGGGAAUAUAUUACCGCCAGUCAAGGCUUUUUACUUCUACUGACACUUCGGCAGCAUCUCAAGGAUCUCUAUGGCAUCUCCGACGCGAAGGUCAGUCAGUAUUCGCCUUUGGAAUCGGCCAAGGUCUACGAAAAAGCGAUCAAUCGCAAGACUAAUCUGCUGUUCGAGCCUAAGGCUACGUUGCAGAGAUUGCGGGAAGGCGGGACCAAUGAGGAGUUGGACACAAACGGCAGGAAGAAGCUCGUGAAGGAGUAUCUGGACUUCAAACAGUUGAUGCUCAAGUUCGAUCCCGAGGAACCAGACGACGAUGGUGGUAACGACGCCGUCAACGCCAGUGGUGGCGCGAAACAGCUGGCUGCGGAGCAUGCUACCAGGAUACCGCCGCAUCCUGUGGUCGAUGGCAGCAGACCGAUAGCGGACGGCGCCGUAGGGGAUAUGGCCACCCUGGCGGUCGCGGGUGGCCAGCAACAGUUUCAAUUACUACCGCAACCGAAUCUAAAUAUCAACUCCGCUCCGAUGGAGCAUCCGAACAACUCGAUGAACUCGCUGUCCGCGGUGGCGGCUGCAGCAGCAACGCCGACGACGCCGCGGGUGCCGAAGCUGACGAUACACGCUCAUCCGAAUGCGAGGGAGUCGCAUCGCAAGCAACGCGCGCACAAGACGGACAAAUCGGUGAGAAAGCACAAGAAGAAGAAGAGGAGAAGAAUCUCCGACACCAGCGACAGCGGCGAGGACUACAGUGACCCUGACUUCCUCGUGUGAGUGCAGUGGUAUAUCUUAUCCUAUGUGUACAUAUAAAUAAUCCGUGAUAGUGUGUGCGCGUGUGACGAGUCGCCCACUAAAAUGACUCACCUUUCGCGCGAUACCUGGACGCUUUUGCAGCGCGAUGGUUUCCUCUGCCGCCUCCUCUUAACCCUCUUGGUCCCCUGAAACGGAUUCUCUUCCCCAGCCUCACAAAGUUGUGCUACGACUUUGGAAACGGUUUAUCCAAACCGUUUCGGGUCAAGAAACUGAGCAUAGAGACUAUAAUAGUGGGAAUGAGUGUUGAGCACGCGCGUGCGAGAGAGAGAGAGAGAUCUUUGAUAAGAAUGAUAAGAUUUUUAAAUGCGAGCGAGUGUUGAAGGAAGGAUUAGCGUGUUGUUGGCCGAAACGGCGGGCGUCCGAGGUUCAUUGAUCCGCCAUGCCGUUGUUAAGCGAGAUCGGCUCGUUACGUAUUUCGUGCGACCGGAACUCGGGAACUUGGUUCGCUCGAAAAUUAGCUUCUGCUUUCCGAACCCGUCGAGACGUUUUUCGAGGGAGCUUCUAGAGAUCGCUCGAUUCCGCCGAAAUAGCGUAGAAAGCGAGGGAUUAUGAAUUCCCUGGGAAGAUAUGCUACGAACACAAGUUCCCUGAGAGAAACCAAGUACAAUAAAUUUACGUUUGCGAACAAAAUUCACCUGUAAAUAAUAUCACAUAGCGACGACGAUGUCUUUACGACUGUUGAGUAAAUCUUUUCCUUUUUCUUGGAGGAAGAAAUUAGUGGAAAGAGAUAAAAAAGAAAGCAUUAAAAGAAACAACGUACAGAUUCGAAUAAUAUCAAUUUGAUUCGUCGUUGCUUUCUCUUCCUUCGUUUUCAGACUGAAUUUGAAAAAAAAUAUAUAUAGUAAGCACUGCUUAUUUCGAUAAUGCUAAAUUAUUAAAAUUUAGAUAAAUUUAUGCUAAUGGUGAUUUAUAGGUAAACAUUAAAAAUAUUUUGCUUUAAAUUUUAUUGAAAUUAAAAAUAUGUACACUGUGCACAGAAUAACAUUUCCGCAAUUGCUACACUUAUAGUACAAUUCGUAGUAAUAUUUUAAUUUUUGUAAAAAAGGUAGAAACAAAAAUUGCUGCUUUAAGACAUUUGACAAAUACAAAAAAUUUAAUAAAAAAACUUAAAUGUAUGAUCGAUUAAUUAAUCUAAUAAAAAAAGAUUGCUUAAAAGAACAAACAAAAAAUGUAUCAUAAAAUAAAGUUUAUUUGAGAAUUCAAUCUUAAUAUUUAUCUGAUAUUAGUCAGAAAGAAUUUAAGGAUGUGAUAUCAAAUACUUAUAUUAAUUACAACGUUUAUUAAAUACUUAAAAAAUUUAUUUUGU